AUGGAAUGGCGAAUUAAACGAUAUGAAGAGUUAACUCUCGACGAGUUAUAUGAAAUAUGUCACAAGCGGAUAGAAGUGUUUGUUUGCGAACAGCAUUUUUUGUGCCAAGAACUUGAUUUGUUUGACAAAACUUGUUUUCACGUUUUUGCACUUUUUCAUGGCAAAAUGAUAGCGUAUUGCCGAGUUUUUCAAAACGAAAAAGGUGAAUGGUUUAUUGGUCGUGUUUUAGUAGUCCAGCCGAAUCGUAAGACAGGGUUAGGGUUACUUCUCAUGCAAAAGGCGGUCGCCCACGUUCGUUCACAAAACGAAAACAAAUCCAUCUAUCUUCAUUCUCAGUGUCAAGCCCGACCUUUUUACGAGAAGUGUGGUUUUCAUGCCAUCGGUGAUAUUUUUGAUGAAGAAGGCUGUCCCCAUAUUCUAAUGGUUAAUUAA